CAGCAAAGCCUUGGGUUGCACCUGCCACGGUGACAUUCAGCCUGUAAAACGGCGGCAACAGGAUGGCAGGGAUCCUAACCUGGUUAGCAUACCCAUAGCUCAGUGAGGAGUGACGCCAAACGUCUUGGAACGUGGAGGUACUUGAGGUUGAGACCCACGCAUCUUUCUUUGCUAUCAGCCCUAGUAGAAUCCUUUGUCUCCAGCCUUGGCAUAUAGUUGCAACGAUUUCGAACUGUCAAUUCAUCGCUAUCAAGGACACACCCUCGAGGAUUGACAAUAUGGGGUUCUUCAAGAAACCCACUCUGCGCACCCGCGACGACCAGCGCACGAGUGCUGCAGAGCUUACCCUACGAGCAUCAAUCUUACCGCUCUGUCUUGUCACUAUCCUGUUUUUCUUAUGGGGAUUUUCGUACGGCCUCAUCGACACCUUGAACAAGCACUUCCAAGUGGAGCUUAAUAUCACUCGCGCCCGUUCUUCUGGACUACAAGCAGCUUACUUUGGAGCUUACCCGCUCGCUUCGCUAGGCCACGCCAACUGGUUGCUCAGGCACUGGGGCUACAAGACUGUUUUCAUCUGGGGACUCUGCCUGUUUGGCACCGGCGCGCUUUUGACUUGGCCAUGUCUUGUUUAUCAUUCGUUCGGUGGCUUCUGCGCAGCUACCUUUGUGAUAGGCAACGGGCUAGGCUCGCUCGAGACGGCUGCAAACCCAUACCUCGCUGUGUGCGGUCCUCCAAAGUAUUCAGAACUGCGCAUCAACCUCGCGCAGGCUUUCAAUGGUAUUGGAACCGUGGUUGCGCCUGUACUCGGGUCUUACGUCUUCUUUACGGACGUUGGUGAAGGCGCGGAGGCUCUGAAGAGCGUGCAGUGGGUGUACCUAGCGAUCGCAUGCUUUGUCUACAUCCUCGCAGUGGUGUUCUAUUUCGCUACGAUUCCCGAAAUCACGGAUGCGGAUAUGGCAUUCCAAGCCGACGCCACAAAUGCUGGCACCGAUGUUAAGCCUUUUCGCAAGCAGUACCGCCUUUUCCAUGCUACAUUCGCCCAGUUCUGCUACACUGGAGCACAGGUCGGCGUCGCAGGGGCAUUCAUCAACUAUGUCACGGAAUCAAGAAUUGGCAGCUAUCAGAAUGGGGUACCUCAGGCCACGAGCAACGCAGAUGCUGCGCGCUUCUUGGCCGGCGCUCAAGGCACCUUCACGCUUGGUCGAUUUGUUGGAUCUGCGCUCAUGAAGUUUGUAAAGCCUCGCUGGGUGUUUCUUGUGUUCAUGACGGCUUGCAUUGUCUUCCUCAUCCCGUCCAUCACCGAGCGUAACAACACAGGCAUGAGUAUGCUCUUUAUUGUAUUGUUCUUCGAGUCCAUCAUCUUCCCUACCAUCGUGGCUCUGGGUAUGCGAGGACUCGGCAAGUAUUCGAAGCGCGGUUCUGGCUUCAUCGUAGCUGGUGUAUCAGGUGGUGCCGUGGUGCCUCCACUCUUGUUCGUCGCCGCAGACUCUCGAGGACGAGCGGACGUCGCAUCGGGAUAUUCACCCACUGCCUUCGCCAUGGUUGUUCCAUUGAUGUUUUUCGUUGCUGCCUGGACCUACACAAUCUGUGUGAAUUUCGUUCCUGCAUACAGGAACGUUGCCGACAGCUUCCACGAGACUGAGAUUGGCAUCGUCAACACGCCUGGGGCCAACGACCCGGAAAUGCAGCACGGCUACGGCGCGAAGGAUGGCUCUCCACUGCAGACUGAGGCAGUGCAUCACGAUGAGAAGAAGGUUUGAGAUGAAGGUGACGAAACUUGUAAAGCAUUCACUGUGUAGAGAAUGGUCUCAAACAGGCAGGUGGUCAGACACAAGCAUCAAGCCUCGCAAGUAACCCCCAAAUAAGUAGACAGCGCUUGAUAUGGUCUUUGUAGAAUUGCGAGACAUUCGCCUCCCCCACAAACCUCGUUCUUUGGUAGCACAGGGUUCCGUAGCUCCCGUACCCCUACGACAUCGUGCCGCGAUUGCCGUGCUGUGUGAUGAGCAGGAAGGCGCGUUCCUGAGGAUCGUCGCUGCAUCAACAACGCCAACAAGCUUGACAGCUGCACACCGGCAAACAAAGCAUUUGA